AACUCCUUCCCUGGGAUGGAUGCCUGCACGGAACGCCGCAGUCCAGGCGCUGCCACUGAGAACUCUUGUCAGCCUUCCUGUUUGCAUCCGAUCCCAGUCGAACUGACUGCAAAUGAGGUGUCAAUGGCACAGGUACCAAAAGGUUCUGAACUGUUGUCUGGCGAUGGUACUGGUGUAGCUGCAAAGCUGGGUCAGAGAGCUGCAGAGGAAGGAAAAGGAAACAGCUCCAUUAUCGUUAAUUCGAGGGGUAGAUACGAGGAGAAGGGGCGGCAGCAGCAGGAAAGCAGUGCCCAAGAAGGGAACGAAUGGGACUUCCCUCACCAAGCGCCUUGUGGAUUCAGCCCAUCUCUAUGUUUCUCCACCGUGUCAAAGGACAAAACGGAUGUCAGAGACCCAACAGCGGACAAUGCAGUUGUAAACAGUCAGUGGCAAAUUAAUAAUGCAAAGAGCGCGUCGGAUGAGGACAGGGAGAGUGGCUCGUCGCUGCCUGUCACUUAUUGUAGUGAAAGUGGAGCAGAGCCAAGUUGGAUUCUGGACAGUUUAUUUAGUACUGAAGGCAGAUCCGAUUAUUGCAAUUACAACGACGCUGAAAAAAGAGGAAAUGGAGUUUGGUAUGUGAAAGACUUAACGCAAAACCCUGGCCACGGAGAAAAGCCUGACCUCACUAUUGAAGUGGCCGGUCAGCGCAUUAGUGUGCACAAAUCUGUUCUAGCAGGUAAAAGCGACUAUUUCAAAGCACGAUUGUCCAGAGAUGUCCUCAAAGUGAAAGGAGUGAGUUACAGCACCCUGCGAGUACUCAUUCACUACAUAUAUUCUUCUAAAAUGGAAGUAAAAAAGGAAAAUGUAGUGGAGGUGAUCAGUGGCGCAAAGGUCCUGCAGAUUCCCUGCGCUGUACAGUCCGCUAUAGACACUGUAAAAGGUCAGCUCUCCCUGGACAACUGCUUUGAUAUCCUCAGUAUUGCUAAGAAGGAGCGUUUAGGGGAACUUAAGGAUGCUGCCUACAAGUACAUGAGUGACAACUUUUUGCAGGUACUAAGAGACCAGACCAUCUACGGCCGUUUGACUGGCGCUGAGAGAGACCUUAUUCUAAAGCUGCGACUUGGUGGUAAGAAGUGCCUGAUGGUUGCAGAAGUAAGUGAUGUCUUUGACCGUGGCAGCAGCAAUAGCAGGCCUCCAAGUCGGGAGAGCAGCCGUCCUCAAAGUCCAGCAUCGGUCUUAUCCACGGAAGAAAGUCACUUGGUCUACUGCUACAAGGAGUCUGCAGAAGAUUGGCGCCCACUCACUCAUCUGCCGGAGGAGGCUGUCACAAAGGGUUGUGGAGUCUGCACUUUGUACAACUACCUCUUCAUCGCUGGUGGCAUUCAGGGCUAUGGGGAGCGAGCUCGACUUUCAGAUCGGGUAUUCUGCUACAACCCAGUCACAGACACCUGGGCCGAAAUCCGCCCCCUCAGUCAGCCCCGAUCGCAGCUAAAACUCGUAUCCUUGGAUGGGUACUUAUAUGCUAUUGGGGGCGAGUGUUUGUUUACUGUGGAACGUUAUGACCCUCGGGCAGAUCGAUGGACAGCAGUGGCCCCCCUGCCCAAAGGCGCCUUUGCCGUGGCUCACGAAGCUACCACCUGUGGCGGGGAGAUAUAUGUCUCAGGUGGUUCCCUUUUCUACCGCCUGCUUAAGUAUGACCCACGUCGGAAUGAGUGGCAGGAAUGUCCUUACAACAACAGCCGGCGAAAAUCGGCUGGCAUGGUGGCUCAUCGUAGUUUUAUUUAUCGCUUUGAUGUGAGCCGAGAGUCAGGGCUUCAGGUCUUUAAGUACAACAGUAUUGGCAGACGCUGGAGCGAGUGCGCCAUCGAGCGGCCCAGCAGCUUCACUUCCACCACGUAUCCCUCCCUCCAGCCGUUUCGUUGCACUUUGUUGGACAAUAGCAUCUACUGUGUGAGCAGAAGUGCCGUGCUGCAGUUCACAGUGAUCGAGGAGGGCACCACCGACACCCUGCACACACACGAAUUCAAGCCUCCUAGCGAGGCAAGGGGCGCCCUCUUCCCCUUCGUGCUGUCUUUGCCAGAACGAGCAGAAAAACAUGUAUGAAACUUAUUGUAUUCAUUGCACUAUGGUAUGUUUUGGGAAUGGGGAAUUAAUGGAGCGGCUGUAACAAAGUCAGACCAAGUGUCACCACUUUACUUUCUUGGAAAAAGUGGAAUGAGGUGCCACGUAGUCCUGUUUGAAAACAGGGAGUUCCAUGCGCCCUCCCACAGGAAUGGAAAAGAAGCAGGUAUUGCCUUCUAACUGGAAUUACUCUCUGCAGCUGGAAUACUGGUAAAAGAAAAUUCCGAAGGUUUAAGGAAUGGAGACGUAUCUUUUAAAAUACUCGCACAGUGCACAUGCAACACCAGUAUGCAGCUAACCAGCAAGCAACGCACAAAUGUCACAACGGUCCUUUAAAUAAUUAUGUUUUGGGCAUCCCACGCAGACAGCACCAUUUUUAAGAUCAGAAUCCAUAGUGUGUGUGUUCUCCAAAGCGUUCACAUCUGGCAGUGAUCAUUAGCUUUUGUGCGAUUUUGGUAUAGUGUGUAUGCAUUUUUUGAGUUGAUGACACUUGCCAUAUUCGUCGUAUAUAAAUCAGCAAUGUGUGUUGCAUGGGUGCAUGAAAAGCUGCUUGUACCAUUCUAUGGCAUUUCCAACUGAUUAUGUGAAAUGGUGUCAUACAAACUGGAAAGAGAAGAAACUAAAAAAAAAAAAAAACACUCUUUAGGAAGACAGAAGAGGAGAACACAGCUUAAUUUGUUUUUCUUCUUUUGACUUUUGAAAGCCAGGUGCCACCCACCCAAUGGCCAAAAUGGUUGUAAUCUAUUGCAUUCAGUGUAAAAACUGAGGCACAUGAUAUGUAAAGUGGCCUCUUGCAAUUCAGGUUAGAGGCCCUUUAUGAUGUAAAAUUAUGUUUGUGAAUUGGAGAGAGGACCCCAUUGUUUGUAAUAAACCAAGACAUUUGACAAAAGAUAUCUAACCAAUUA